CGCCCACCCACUUGCCAUUGCUCUGCUCCGUACCUUGUCCUUCUGACCCACUCAGAACAGUGGCUUCACUGUGCAUUCCACUUACUACAUUUUUAUCUCCUCUGUUGAGAUUACAGUUUCCACCUCUCUUGAAGGUGAUGGGGAUAAUCAGAAAUUUACUGAGGAUCAUUUCACGUAUUCAGACAUGAGUCAUGGGUUGGAUCAAGUGGUUCAAAAGGAAGAUGAUACAUGGAGUAUGGUGGAGACAAAACAGAACCAAUUUGUAGUAGACGGCCAACCGUUCUAUGUUAAUGGUUUCAACACUUACUGGUUGAUGGUAUUUGCAGCGGAUCAAUCCACAAGAGGAAAGGUCACAGAGGUUUUUAAACAAGCUUCUUCUGUGGGUUUAACUGUUUGCAGGACUUGGGCCUUCAAUGAUGGCCAGUGGAGAGCUCUUCAAAAGUCUCCUUCUGUCUAUGAUGAAGAAGUCUUCAAGGGAUUAGAUUUUGUGAUUAGUGAGGCCAAGAAGUUUAAGAUAAGGCUGAUAUUAUCACUGUCAAACAAUUGGGAAGCAUAUGGUGGCAAAGCACAAUAUAUAAAAUGGGGGAGAGCUGCUGGCCUCAAUUUGACAUCUGAUGAUGAUUUCUUCUCUGAUCCAACUCUGAGAAGCUAUUACAAGGCUCAUGUUAAGACUGUGCUUAACAGAGUGAACACAUUCACAAAUGUAACGUACAAGGAGGAUCCGACCAUUUUUGGCUGGGAAUUGAUGAACGAACCUCGUUGCACAUCAGAUCCUUCUGGCGAUAAGCUGCAGGGAUGGAUUCAAGAAAUGGCUGUGUAUGUGAAGAGCAUUGAUCCAAAGCACUUGGUGGAGGUUGGUUUGGAGGGAUUCUAUGGCCCAUCCACACCCAAUAGAGUUCAGUUCAAUCCAAAUACAUAUGCCCAACAAGUUGGAACUGAUUUCAUCAGAAACCAUAAGGUUCUUGGUGUUGACUUUGCUUCAGUUCACAUUUAUGCAGAUACAUGGGUUUCUCCGACGAUCUCGGACACCCAUCUCCAGUUCACAAAAUCAUGGAUGGAGGCUCACAUAGAGGAUGCAGAGAAGUACCUGGGAAUGCCAGUCAUUUUUGCCGAGUUCGGUGUAUCGUCGAAAGAUCCUGGAUACAACUCAACUUUCAGGGAUGCAGCUCUGAACUUGGUGUACAAGACCCUGUUGGACUCAACAAAGAAAGGAGGGAGUGGGGGAGGAAGCCUACUGUGGCAGCUGUUCCCUGAAGGCACUGAGUACAUGGAUGAUGGUUAUGCAAUUGUGCUCUCUAAAUCUCCUUCAACUUCAAACAUCAUAUCCCUGCAAUCUACAAGGUUGUCCAUCUUCAACUCCAUUUGUUCCAUGAAAUGUCGUUGGGGCUGUAAGAAGAAAAAUGUUAUGGAUCUCGACUUUCUCGACCACCAUGAUCAUGAUGAGAUGUAAACAAACUUAGUCGAGGAUAUGGGUAUCCGAUCCUUAUGGACUGAUCGGAAGGGUUCAUAUGAAUUACAUGUAUCAUAAAUAAGAAUUUUAUUGAUUGUA